AUGCAAGAUAACGAAAUCCACAAUAGUGUUGAACUAUCAAGAAUAUCGAAAGCGUCGUUUUCUUCACCAUCUGUUAAGUAUGGCUUGCUUGCUAUUGAUGGUGGUGGAACAAGAGGUAUUAUUCCAGCUACAAUUAUCGAGUUCUUGGAAGAAAAGUCUGGUAGAAACUUUUGGGACUUAUUUGAUUUCGCCGCAGGUUGUAGCACGGGAGGUAUUUUGGUUUUGGCAAGCAUGUUACGAAGAGCAAAAGGCAUGGAUUUAGUUGCACUUUAUCGUUCUCUUGCGAAAGAAGUCUUUCCAUAUCAAAGAUACCUUCCGAUUAGUGAAUAUUCUCCAGAAAGACUCGAAAGAUUAUUAAAAACAGAAUUCGAAGAUAUGACGAUGUCUCCCCAAUUGCAAGAUCCACUGACAUUUGUUGUUACGAAGCGCGACACAGAAACGAAGCCGUUUCUAAUACGAAACUACGACAAUCCAUCAUCAAAGCACCAGGGCGAUGUUGGUUGGAAAUGCUUUGAAGCAGCUCGCGCAACAACAGCAGCACCAACCUAUUUCAAACCACUUCAAAAAAAUGAUCAUAAUUACACUGAUGGAGGUAUUGGUUUCAACAAUCCUGUCGAACUAUUAUAUGAUGAAGCAUUCGCACGUCUUUCAUCAGAUCUCAACAAAAAUACAUUUGCCGUUAAUGAAUGUCCGAUUGCUUAUAUUGUUAGUAUUGGUACAGUGUUGAAAAAUCGUCGUUUAUAUAUGUAUCUUGGUAGUGGAAAUUAA